UAUAUAAAGACCAACCGGGCUGUCUGGGCAGGACAUUCGCCAUCGGAGCUCCCUUCCAGGCCCCGGCUCUCCUCUCUGAACACCAUGUCUGUGCGCUUUUCUUCUGCAUCCAGGCGCCUGGGCUCCUGCGGGGCCGUGGGCUCCGUGCGGCUGUCUGGUGGGGGAGCCGGCUUCGGGGCUGGAAACGCGUGUGGUGUGCCGGGCACUGGCAGUGGCUUUUCUUGUGCCUUUGGGGGCAACUCCUCUGCGGGAGGUUAUGGGGCAGGGCUUGGCGGGGGCAGUGCUUUCUGCGGGGCCUUCACGGGGAAUGAGCACGGACUCCUCUCGGGCAACGAGAAGGUGACCAUGCAGAACCUCAACGACCGCCUGGCCUCCUAUCUGGACAACGUGCGGGCGCUAGAGGAGGCCAAUUCGGACCUGGAGCAGAAGAUCAAAGGGUGGUAUGAGAAAUUUGGGCCUGGCUCUUGCCGCGGUCUCGAUCAUGAUUAUAGCAGAUACCUCCCAAUCAUUGACGACCUGAAGAACCAGAUCAUUUCUGCAACUACAAGCAACGCCAGCGUCGUCCUGCAGAACGAUAAUGCGAAGCUAACAGCGGAUGACUUCAGGCUCAAGUUUGAAAACGAGCAGGCCCUUCACCAGAGCGUGGACGCAGACAUCAACAGCCUGCGCAGGGUCCUGGAUGAGCUGACGCUGUGCAGGACGGACCUGGAGAUCCAGCUGGAAACGCUGAGCGAGGAGCUGGCCUACCUCAAGAAGAACCACAAGGAGGAGAUGAAGGCUCUGCAGUGCGCCGCGGGGGGCAACGUGAACGUGGAGAUGAACGCGGCGCCCGGGGUGGACCUCACGGUCCUGCUGAACAACAUGCGGGCUGAGUACGAAGCCCUCGCCGAGCAGAACCGCCGGGACGCGGAGGCCUGGUUCAACGAGAAGAGCGCCACGCUGCAACAGCAGAUUUCCGACGACGCUGGCGCCAACACCUCAGCUCGAAAUGAACUUACUGAGAUGAAACGUACUCUUCAAACCCUGGAGAUUGAACUUCAGUCCCUCUUAGCAACAAAACACUCCCUGGAGUGCUCCCUGACGGAGACGGAAGGCAACUACUGCGCGCAGCUGGCCCAGAUCCAGGCUCAGAUCGGGGCCCUGGAGGAGCAGCUGCACCAGGUCCGGACCGAGACCGAGGGCCAGAAGCUGGAGUACGAGCAGCUGCUGGACAUCAAGGUGCACCUGGAGAAAGAAAUCGAGACCUACUGCCGCCUGAUAGAUGGAGAAGAUGGCUCUUGCGUUAAAUCAAAAGGAUACAAAGGACCAGGAAAUGAGAUAAAAGAUUCAUCGAAAGGCACUGUGGUUAAAACAAUUGUUGAAGAAAUAGAUCCUCGUGGUAAAGUUCUCUCGUCCAGAGUUCAGACCGUGGAAGAGAAGGCCACCAAGGUCAACAACACGAAGAGCGAACAGAGGGUGCCUUCCUGAGCCCCAAGGGGAUGGCCUUAAGUUAAAGUCCGAAACUGAAGCUAGAUUCCUAAGUGAGGGCCCUCUUAUGUUUCUGCUUUUUUCCAGUGAAUUAGGACAAACUGUUUCUAGAAUAGUAACUUGUGGGGGGGGGGGUCCUCUGUGGUGGUGUUUCAAUAAAAGUUCUUCCUGUUGCACGUCA